GACUGCAAGUUAAAAAUUGAAAAAUGACGGAAAAGUGCCUGUUAAAAUCGUAUUCCACAGUGAAAAUAACUAAAAAGAUUGCGCUGUAUGUGUUUCCAGCAUCAAGGAGCGAUUUAUGUAUGAAUCUGUUGAGUGUGAGGCGACUUGCAAUUUUUACAUUCCAGCGAUGAACUUUUAAACUGUAAACAAGUACACCUCGACUGUCAAAAAAAGUUGAUUCUGUUCAUUUUUGUGAGGUUAUGUCACGCUCGUGCAAAACCUAAUUAGAUAAGUCGUCAAUUAUUGUUGUGCUAUUGAUGAACUCGAACUGCAGCAGCAUUUUAGGAAGUUGUGUUUCCAUCAAGUAAUUUGUGAAAAUGAUUUGAAUCUUUUGUUAGCAGAGUAUAUUUGUCAAUCUAUGCAAAAUUAGCGCAUAACGAAACGGUAAAGCUAGUAUUCGAUUACAAAGGAAAACUUGUUUUUAUGGUGUCAUCUAUUAGUAAUUAGCAGUUGUGCUUUCACCAGAUAAAAUAAGUUUACUAGAUAUUAUGCCGUUCUAUAAAUACCUCCUCUCCCCCAAACUCUUCAAGGAGUACGAUGGAACAAAGGAAGCGUAUGAACCGGGUCCUCUGGAAAAAUAUGGAGAUCAAUUGCUGACAGCUCUGAAUUUAAUGUGGAGCUUCGGGUACUACACAUCGCCAUUGCUAAUUACAUUCCUCUACCGACGGGGUUACUUCGUGGCGGAUUCCGUCGGUACACUGGCCAAGUUUACGACUGGCAUUGGCUUGCUGGUAGCUGUUUCCCUGUGUAUGCGCGGAAUCGGUCGUUCCAUGAAUCUGGUCUACAUCCGAUUUGCUGAGUGCUUGGAGAGUGCCAAGCGGAACGAGAAAAGUUCCGAAGAAAAGAAUCACCUUCGGAAGUAUGAUUUCGACUUCAAAGAUUGGCCAGUAGAUUUUACCGUUACAAACAAUGUACAACGGGUGCAAGUGGCACGCAAUAAACCACUAUGGAUCUCAUCUUUACCCUGUCAGAUUGUGGCAUAUUUAGCGAUUCAUAGUUUCGGCAUUCGAAUGAUCUAUCCCGGAUCCGUACGUUUGGUGCAGAGUUAUAUUGAACCAAUGCUGCUCCAGGGCCGCACCAAACUGAUCACCGAGUACGGCGGUAAACGUAACAAAGUGAAAACAUCCGAUGGGAAUGAAAUUGAUACGGUGUUUGUGGACAACCGCAACAAAAGCAGCAACGGUCGUACGUUAGUUAUCUGCUCUGAAGGUAAUGCUGGCUUUUACGAGAUCGGUAUUAUGUCGACUCCGAUGGAUUUGAAAUACUCAGUGCUGGGAUGGAAUCACCCUGGUUUUGCUGGAAGUAGCGGUCGUCCAUAUCCAGAUCAAGAUCAGAAUGCAGUGGACGCAGUACUACAGUUUGCAUUAACUGAUCUAGGGUUCACUCCCGAAAACAUCAUACUGUAUGGUUGGAGUAUUGGAGGCUACUCGACGCUGUAUGCCGCUUCACAGUACCCGGAUGUGAAGGGAGUUAUUCUAGAUGCUACAUUUGAUGAUGUUCUUCAACUGGCACUACCCCGGAUGCCGGAAAGUGUUUCCAACAUCGUAAAGAUAGCCGUUAGAGACUAUGUUAAUCUGAAUAAUACCGAACUGAUCUCGCAGUACAACGGUCCCGUUUUGUUGAUUAGACGCACGGAAGACGAAAUCAUUUGCUCAGAAGAUGGUAAUUUGGGAACGAACCGCGGUAACUUUCUGCUGAUUAGCAUGCUUAAGCAUCGUUUCCCAAACAUUUUCAAACCGGACCAAGAAAACCUAUCAAAAGAAAUAUUAACGAAACCCGUUGAAUGUAUUAGAAAUGACUCAGAUGAACUUUGCCUGUCGCUGUUGAUGUCCUAUUUGACGGAUAAUGGAAACUCGCGAAGUUAUCCCAUUGAGAUUGGAGAGGAAUAUACCAGUGAGCAACGAGAUUCCAUGGCCAAGUUUUUGAUAAAAAAACAUCUGCACGACUACAAGUCUACUCACUGCACCCCACUUCCCGGGGAGCACUUUCUGUCUCCAUGGGAAAUCCCGAAUGACACCGAUUUUGUUUUCACAUAAGCCUUCACAACAGGGUUUGAAACCAAGUCCAUAAUAUGCCGUACCGCAAACUCGACAAUUACGUUCCAGUACUAUUCUCAAUUGCUAAUCUAAAGGAUUACAAAAGUGACAUUUGGUAGAAGGUUUUUUUUUUGCAGUAGGUUUUAAAAAUUACUCAACAUGGCAUUGGGAAUAGCGUCAGAUACUAAGAUUGCAUGCGAUGGCUCAUGCUGAACAAUAGUUUUACUACGUCCCGCAGCUUAAACAAAUGCUAAAAUUAUGCAACUGUAGUCAAAGUAGAAGCGAAACUCUCAACUAUUUAUUGGUAGAUUAUAAAAUUACAGGAAAAAAAACAACAGCUUGAAAUAGAAGAUAAUGUUCAUUUGUAAGGCACGAAGUAAGAAAAAAAACUAAGGGUAUCAACCGACGGUAGUUUUAGGGGCGUGUGAUUGAAUUCAAACAUGUAUCUGUACUGUUAAUUACGCAAUAUAAGUCCCGUAUGAAUAGACUUGCCUUUAUGAGUUCUACGGCGAAAAACAAAAGCCGAUUCCCGAAAAUCUCGAGAGGGUUACAUCAGAUGAAGAAAUAUUUUUGUGACUUGACAUUCUCAACCGUAAUCAGAACGUUAAAAGGGCAAAAAUAUAAAGUCUGUACUACACUACUUAGCAAUUCCA